CAGAAGAACUUGCUUGGGCAGUGGAAGGAGUGAGUGAGAGCGCCCGAAGAGUAAAGUGAGAAACUUCAGGUAGACUGGCCGAGUUCAAACAGCCAGAGAUACUGUAUUACUUAUAGUGUAUUCCAGUACCGGACAAUCCUCAGUCUGAAUAAUACCAUAGGGCAGUAUAGCACCAGUGUUUAUUGUUAAGUUAUUUUUUGUAUCUUAAACUCUUGUUCGGUUUGUUCGAAUAACGAUUGUAAAAAAAUAUUUGAUCUAGAAAGAUUGACUUUACUUUGCCGGGUAUUUAGUUGUACUAAUAAUGUUGAGUGCAUCGCUCCUCCCUGUCUAUAGGCAUUCGGCUGUGUUCAAAAUAAUGCAGCGAGUCACAUAAGAAUAAGCAAGGGUGCUAUACAUCGUCUCCUUUGUUAAUUCACUACAUUACAUUCAAAAUCUCACAACGCUAGUAUUGCGAGGAAAGCAGCUGAGUUGAGCUUUAAUUAACUUCAGUUGUAGUGAAUUAACAAGAAAAUUCAGUCACGUUGUUAUUAAAUCGCAGAAUCCAUUAAGAAACAAACAGCAAUGGAGCUCCAAACACCUGACCAUUUUGCUACCCAUAAAGAUGCAGUUGAAGAUCAGAAGAAGAUAAGGGCAUCAAGAAAGAAUCUAUAUUUAGCAGCAAUUAGUGCAAACCUAGCGCUGUCGGCAUGUGGCUGCUGCUUCGCGUGGACAUCCCCGGUGAUCCCAAAGCUGAAGCAGCCCGGUUCGCUGAUCCCUCUGGACGAGUUCCUGGGCUCCUGGGUGGGUUCGCUGCUGAUGCUGGGCAGCGCAGUCGGCCCGUUCAUCGCCGGCAUCAUGAUCGACGCCGUCGGUCGCAAGUGGACGCUGCUUGUCGACAGCGUCGUGCUGCUGGUCGCCUGGGCCAUCCUUGCGUCCGCCCAGUCCGUCUGGAUGCUGUUCGUCGGCCGCUUCAUGUGUGGCAUUGCUGUCGGCAUUAUAUUCAUGGGUGUUCCGCUCUAUAUUGCUGAAAUUGCUGAGGAUAAAUUGAGAGGAGCUCUGGGCUCUGUCAUCGAACUUUUCCUGUCAGCUGGAUUCAUGAUUGAGUAUUGUGCUGGUCCAUUCCUCUCCUACAACAACCUGAUUCUUGUGUCAGUGAUCUUGCCGAUUCUGUUCAUCAUCACUUUCAUUUGGAUGCCAGAGUCACCUCACUAUUUGCUGGCAUCGGGCAGGCGAACUGAUGCAGCCAAAUCUCUGAGGUGGCUGAGAGGAAACAUUUCACAUGAUGCUGUUGAGAAGGAAAUCACUCAAAUUGAGGCAUUUCUGGAAGAAUCAAGUGAAAAGAAAGUAUCACUGCGUGACUUGAUAACAAACCGAGGCAACUUGAAAGCACUCUACGUGAGUGUCGGACUUCUAUCCUUACAACAACUGAGUGGAAUCAACGUCAUUCAAUUCUAUGUGCAGCCGAUUUUCGUGAAGACCGGCUCAUCUCUGGAGCCGAAAUACUCAGCCAUGAUUGUCGGUGGAGUGCAGCUCAUCUCUGCCUGCUUCACUGCUCCAUUGACCAGGAAGCUUGGCUUCAAGAUACCACUGCUCAUAUCCGCCGCUGGAACUUGUGUAGCUCAGGUGCUUCUUGGAAUCUACUUCUACAUGGAAGAAGAGAAAAUGGAUGCAGUUGUUUAUUUUGGAUGGGUACCUAUUUUCAGCUUAGUACUCUACAUUUUCGUAUUCUGCUCAGGAUUGGGUCCGUUGCCUUGGGCUGUGAUGGGAGAGAUGUUUGCACCCAACAUGAAAGCAUUAGCUUCAGCUGUGAUCACUUCGUUCACCUUCCUUCUUUCCUUCUUCGUCACCAAAUUCUUCGCCAACAUUUGCAUCCGCCUCGGCACCCAUUUUGCAUUCGGCAUAUUCGGCGCCUCUUGUGGUGUCGCCUUCGUAUUCGUCUACUACUGCGUGCCCAACACCAAAGGCAUGUCACUGCAGGACAUCCAGGACAAACUCAACAAAGUCAAAACUCCACCUGAGCCCACAAAGUAUGUGACAAAGCUGUAGUGCAGAUGUGUGCAACAAAAACAUUGAAAAAAACUUUUACAUCCAUGUAUUUUCCUCAAUAGAAGAUUACAAAAUUCAACUCCAUACAUCUGAUAGCAAGCUAGGAAAAUAUGUUCUCGACUUUUCAUUGGAACUGAACAAUCAUCAAAUGUGGUAUGUGUUUGAAAUGAGAGUGACAACUUCCCUAAUUCGCAUAACUUUCAAAAAAUGUAAUAAUAUAAUCCCUUAAAAUUGUAUUUUAGUGAUCAAAAAAGUAUUGCUUUAUUCUUCAAAAGAUACAAAUCAUCAUUGCUUCCAAAAUGGACUGUGAUUUUUUACAUGUUAUAAUGUGACAUCUCGUGGAACUCUUGGUAUUUGUGCUAUAUUUUAAUUUGUAACAGAACUAUGUUGUUAUAGUUUGAGUGUUUUAUUUGUGACCUAUAUUUUACAAUCAUACAUUUUGCAUUUUGAUGAGUGAGUGCAUGUUGCCAGAUAAUUGAUGUUUUAGUGUGUAUGUCCUGAGUAGAGAUGACUAAAGUUGACAAAAAAUUGAAUCAAUAAUAAGUGCUCAAGCGUUAUAUUAUAUUUUUAGUGGAAGUAUACUUUAGAUUUUUAUUAAAAACUACAAAUAUAGGAUAUAAAUAUAUAUAAUAUUAAAAAAUUGUAGGAUAUAUAUCAUUUAUCAUUCACAAGAUAAUGUGAAAAUUCAGUCCAGCUCAUAUAGGCCUACCCUAUUUCCCAAAUUUUGUGAAAUUCAUAAAACUGGAGAUACUGGAACAUACUUCCACAAAUAGAAUCUAGCUUGUUGACGUUUUUAAUUUAUUAAUACUUUCCAAUUCAAGAGAAUGUAAUUUGAUAAAUGAAUGAACUUAUUUCGAUACACAUAACUUUCUACGGUAUCAAAAAUCCUCGUCACUGGAUUAUUGUGAUCUAUUAUUUGCCAUAUUAUUUGUUAGUCAGUCAUAAUUCGCCUUGUCAUUGUCUUUCAUCACAAUAUAAAUUUGUUAUACAAAAAUGUGUUGUAAUGAACUUGGAUCUUUGUAAUUAAGGACAUUCUACAAUUCUCCCUAGUUCUUAUAAUAAGAUUUCAUGGAAUUAUAUAUGUAUCCUAUAUCAGAAAAUCGUUAUUUACUUGAGUUAUUCCAAUCAAUCAUUCUAGUUAGUUGAGUGGGCCUACAGUAUUUGUCAUUUAUUUUAUAGAGACUUUAUAAUAAUAUAAAAGUUGAAAAUUUUA